AGUCCAUUUGACCUCAGAUGCCGGACAUUGCAUUUGCGUUGAUUAGCUAAGCUGCUGAAAGUUGUGUAACAACAAAAAUAACAAAAGGACAUCGCUCCCGGGUGGACUCCUUCGUUAACGUUUCACGGGAGACCUAUACUCAUACAUCAGUUAUUCAAAUAGCGACUUUGAAUUGUCCAUCCACAAAAAUGUUUUCUUUGUCGACGUCGUUUCAGCCACAGCAGAUGAUAGUGCCUCUCAGCCAGCUAAUCAACGCCCUCCACUCUCUGAAGAGCACAGCCACAGCUUCAGUCCAAACCCUUCACAAAGACUUCUCUCCAGAUCACAGUUCCUACUUGAAAGAGCCCAGCGUGAGUCUGAGGGACCUGGGUCUGUCGGAUGUCAAGGUGAGUCAGUUGGAUGAACUGGUCAGCAGGUUGCUUCCUACACCAGCGCUAGAAGAACUUCCCGCUGUUCCUUCGAUGUGGAGGACAAGUCACGUUUCUGCAGACAGCUUCUUUCAAAACAAGCAUGGGUUUUCGCACAGAAGAGUCGGGGGUUUUGGCUCACCAAUUUUCCACAGACAGUACCACAGCCCUCUUAAAGAAGUCUGCUCAGAACUACAGUUUAUGCCUGUAUGGGUCCAGCAUCGGGGUUUUAAGACGCUUAGAUCCAGGACCAGACGGGUGGAGUCCGGUUACGAUGGUCCUGUGGAAUCUGAGGCCUACACACCAACCUUCAUGAAGGGGUUGCUCAUGAGGGAAAAGGCACCGGAGGCACAUUCUCUGGAUCAAGUGGUCAAACAAAGGAAUCUUCCAGAAAACCAGCAGGAGGCUUUCAAGACGGGUUUCACCGAGGGAUUUAUGAGAUCUCAGGCCUUCACUCAGAGAACACAAGACUCGCUGAGGAGAACCAGGUUGAUCCUGCUGGUCCUCCUACUCAUUGGUAUCUAUGGCCUGUCGAGAACCCCGUUUCUCUCGGGUAAAGGCUCCUUUUCUGACGCUGUGAGGUUCCGCACCACAUCUGGCCUCGACUCAGCAGUCGACCCCGUCCAGAUGAAGAAUGUGACAUUCGAGCAUGUCAAAGGAGUGGAGGAGGCAAAGAAUGAGCUGCAAGAGGUCGUUGAGUUCCUCAAAAACCCACAGAAGUUUACCGUCUUGGGUGGCAAACUGCCUAAAGGUAUCCUCCUCGUUGGUCCCCCAGGAACAGGAAAGACGCUGUUAGCUCGCGCCGUGGCCGGAGAAGCCGACGUUCCUUUCUACUACGCCUCCGGCUCAGAGUUUGAUGAGAUGUUUGUGGGAGUCGGCGCGAGCCGAAUCAGGAACCUUUUCAAAGAGGCAAAAGCCAACGCUCCCUGUGUCAUCUUUAUCGAUGAGCUGGACAGCGUGGGUGGAAAAAGGAUUGAGUCUCCGAUGCAUCCUUACUCCAGGCAAACCAUCAACCAGCUGUUGGCUGAAAUGGACGGAUUUAAACCCAAUGAAGGUGUCAUCGUUAUUGGUGCUACAAACUUUGCUGAAGCUUUGGACAAUGCUUUGAUCAGGCCUGGGAGGUUCGACAUGCAGGUGACUGUCCCUCGUCCAGAUGUGAAAGGACGCACAGAAAUUCUCAACUGGUACCUCUCCAAGAUCAAAGUAGACACUGCAGUUGAUGCAGAGAUUAUUGCCCGGGGCACAGUGGGCUUCUCGGGGGCAGAGCUCGAGAAUCUGGUCAACCAGGCGGCCCUGAAGGCAGCAGUGGACGAGAAAGAGAUGGUCACAAUGAAGGACCUGGAGUUUGCUAAGGACAAGAUCCUCAUGGGACCCGAAAGGCGAAGUGUUGAAAUAGACAAGAAGAAUAAGACCAUCACUGCGUACCACGAGUCCGGCCAUGCCAUCGUUGCCUAUUACACCAAAGAUGCAAUGCCUAUUAAUAAAGCUACAAUCAUGCCUAGGGGACCAACUCUUGGCCAUGUGUCCAUGCUCCCAGAGAAUGACCGCUGGAGUGAGACCCGAGCCCAGCUACUGGCUCAGAUGGAUGUCAGCAUGGGCGGCCGUGUAGCUGAGGAGCUCAUCUUCGGAGAUGACUCCGUCACCACAGGAGCCUCCAGCGACUUUGAUGGUGCAACCAAAAUAGCAAAAAUGAUGGUGACCAGGUUCGGCAUGAGUGACAAGCUCGGUGUAAUGACCUAUGGAGACGUGACCAAGCAGAGCCCCGAGACGCAAGCCGCCAUCGAGCAGGAAGUCAGGGUUUUACUGAAGGACUCAUACGAACGCGCUAAGAACAUUCUGAAGACUUACAGUAAGGAGCACAAGAAGCUAGCCGAUGCCCUGCUGACGUACGAAACUCUGGACGCCAAAGAGAUCCAGAUGGUGCUGGAGGGCAAAUCACUGGACCACUAGAUACCUCAGUAGACUUUGAGACUGUGUAUAUACGAAGCUGUGCAAUCCAGCACAGGCCUUUUGGAGGCCUUCUAUUUGGUUUGUUUGUGUCAGUGAGAAGAUGACACUGAAAUGAUUGUUUCACCCAUUAUAUUAAUUUUUAUCUCAUCGGUUUUCAUUUCACAGAGAGACCUAAAGGGUUUCGUGGCCAUUUUAAAGAACUUCACGUUAAUUGGAUGAAAAUAACUUCUCCACGUUUGGGCUUUCAUUAAGGAUUUGUUGUCCUCUUUGUAGUAGUUUUAAACACCUGAGUUUUCUCUACAUCAUGAAUCUCACAUUUACCAUAUGUUUUCUGUUGUGUUUCUUAUUUAUUUAAGUGCCCAAAGAGUUCUCUUUCUCAAGGUAUUGAUAGGUCCUCGUGUCCUGAUCAAAGAUCAUCUGUAACCGAUAUCUGGUAUGAGCUGUGUAUAUACUGUAAGCAUAUUAAAGGAUUUGGUGCUUCUGUUUGUUCCUUUAGACUAAAGCCUCAAUAAAGAUUACUCUUAUACAUGAA